CGGGGCCGAGCGCUCUGCGCGCGGGUGGACGGGUGGGGGCCAGCCCGGAGAGCCGCCGGCCUCCAGCGACGUCCCCAGUGCGGCCACUGCCCACCUCCCCCACUGCCCGGUGCGCCUCCUCCGGGUGGCUUCUUGGCUCCGAGAAAGUUGCAUAAUUGCGAGGUCAGGAGGACCCUCCCCCUCCGGCCGGGCUGCCUGCUGGGCGUCCGCGGUCCCGAGGCGGACACCUAACUGUCUGCCCCACUUCUCCCCCCAGCCUCCUCCGGCUCCGAUUUAAGAUAAAAGGCUGAUCUGAGCUUUCUCCUUAUAGAAGAUGAAUCCGUCCUCAGCUCCCCCUCCGCUCCCGCCACCCGGGCAGCAAGUGAUCCACGUCACGCAGGAUCUGGACACGGACCUCGAAGCCCUCUUCAACUCUGUCAUGAACCCCAAGCCCAGCUCAUGGCGGAAGAAGAUCCUGCCAGAGUCCUUCUUCAAGGAGCCGGAUUCGGGAUCGCACUCGCGCCAGUCCAGCACUGACUCCUCGGGCGGCCACCCGGGGCCCAGGCUGGCUGGCGGCGCCCAGCACGUCCGCUCGCACUCGUCGCCCGCAUCGCUGCAGCUCGGCACCGGCGCGGGCGCGGCCGCCAGCCCCGCGCAGCAGCACGCGCACCUUCGCCAGCAGUCCUACGACGUGACCGACGAGCUGCCGCUGCCCCCGGGCUGGGAGAUGACCUUCACGGCCACUGGCCAGAGGUACUUCCUCAAUCACAUAGAAAAAAUCACCACGUGGCAAGACCCUAGGAAGACGAUGAAUCAGCCCCUGAAUCAUCUGAGCCUCCACCCUGCCGUCACUUCCACUCCAGUGCCCCAGAGGGCCAUGGCCGUGUCCCAGCCAAACCUGGUGAUCAAUCACCAGCACCAGCAGCAGAUGGCACCCGGCACCCUGAACCACCCUGUUCAGAACCCACCAGCGGGGCUCAUGAGUCUGCCCAGUGCACUUACCACUCAGCAGCAGCAGCAGCAGAAACUGCGGCUCCAGAGGAUCCAGAUGGAGAGAGAGAGGAUCCGAAUGCGCCAAGAGGAGCUCAUGCGGCAGGAAGCCGCCCUCUGCAGGCAGCUCCCGAUGGAAGCCGAGACAAUGGCCACUGUUCAGGCUGCUGUCAACCCGCCCGCCAUGACCACAGACAUGAGAUCCAUCACCAAUAAUAGCUCAGAUCCUUUCCUCAAUGGGGGGCCCUACCACUCGCGGGAGCAGAGCACAGACAGCGGCCUGGGCUUGGGCUGCUACAGCGUCCCCACGACUCCUGAGGACUUCCUUGGCAAUGUGGAUGAGAUGGAUACAGGAGAAAAUGCAGGUCAGACGCCUAUAAACAUCAACCACCAGCAGACCCGCUUCCCUGAUUUCCUUGACUGUCUUCCGGGAACAAACGUUGACCUAGGAACUUUGGAAUCUGAAGAUCUGAUCCCCCUCUUCAAUGAUGUAGAGUCUGCUCUGAGCAAAAGCGAGUCCUUUCAGACCUGGCUGUAGUCGCUGCUGUUCCCCGCAUUCCUGUGACAGAUGAUGCAGAAGUGUGUCUGCAGAAUUGUGUCUGCAGAAUUACUCUUUUCCCUCGGCUGCCCCUUGCUAUGCUUUAUGGACAUUAGUUGACAUUUAUGCAUCCAUUUAUUGUAAACCAUAACAAGCUGACCACAGGUAGUAAAUUCAAGCGGGCAUCUUGGUCCAGGAAAUGUACACAAAAUUAGACCUGAUUUACAGUUAAAAAACUGUGCUAAUGACAGUAGUACCAAAUGCUUUAAAACCUAUUUACCGUGAGCUUUAAAAAUCAUUGUAUGGAUAGUAAAAUUCUGCUGUAUGGAAUACAAUGUAUUUUGAAUCCAUGCUGGCUGUGAUCGCUCUUCCUGCUCUGUAUUUACAAAGGCACAGACAGUCCUAUCAUAGUUUACUUUUCAUUGUGUUACUGAGUAGCAUCUAGAGGGCUUCGUCUUCCAGCAGGACAGUAGCAGCAGCAUUAGAGUUCCGACCUGGAGACCUUGUGAAAGAGACCAGUCUGUACUAAUCAUGAGCAUUUAUUAAACAACAAAAAAAAAUUUAUUGCAACAUACAUUUGUUAACAGUGCAACUUCGAAUUUGGUGUUUAUUUAGAGAACACUGCUGUUAUAGCUGAUGGCAAAGGGCAGCCAUCUGUGUUUGAGAAAUCAGAGCCAACUGUAGUGUUGGCCUUUUGAAACUCUUCUGAAGACCUGGGGGGUUCAACCUGAUGGCACAUACAGUAAGCUGUUGCUUUUCAAAUUCUGAAGCCUUGUCAGUUUUGCUUUCAAGAUUGCAAGUGUUUAAAAUAAGCCUACCUAUGCAACUGUUUGAAGGAUGAAGCAAAUCUCUAACCAACAUGUAACCAAAGUGCCCUCUUAGGGGAGAUGGUGGAGACAUGUUUCUGAAUGCAGUAAAAUUGAUUCCUAAGUAUAUCAGCCUAACCCUGUUUGCUGCAGUGGGUAUAGAAAGGCCCGAGCUAUGUAUUCAAUACCUCCUAUAUAAUAACCAAAAACUUUAUUAGCUUUUAAGGACUGAGAGAACAUCAUGUUCGCCUGGCACGCAGUCUACCUGCAUUGCCAAUGAAGUCCUCAACUGUUUAAUAUUUUGAAUGACAUUAUUUAUAACCUAUGAAUUUAACCUUUUUUUAAAAAAAUUAAUGAUUCAGGUCUCUUGAGAGGAACCUUUCAAUCCCCGUUGAGAGAGGGGGCUUUAUUUGUUGGUGAUCUUACAUAAGAUCAUAUGAUCCUUUUCUAGCUAUCAGACUAUAGCAUAGACUACACUUGGUCUUGUUGGACAGAAAGCAAGUGAAAGGGUCGGGGAUGAAGCAGUGAAGUUACAGGAUGUAGUGGAAGGGACAGUUGUUGGGAAAGGGAUUUUAAGUAGAAGAGGAAUAGAACCCCAGUAGCAAGUCAGGCAGGAGGUGUGAGAGGUGCCCUGAAAGGACAAAGCAACGAUUUUCUACUACAACCUUCACUCCAGAUGACUCUGUUGUAGAAGAAAAGAGGGCUUUGGCACACUUCACUUGGGAGAAGAGUGAAGGGCCGGGCUGCGGUCUCCUGUCCGUAUUAACCAGUGGGCGGCCCGGGGCAGAGACCUGCUGCAGCCCCCGACGCUCGGAUCUCUUCUUCCUCACGGACUGUGCUUUAUGUUCCAAUAAUUCCUUUUGCUCUCUCAAGCACUCUGAGAUGUUUAUGUUGCUACUAAAUUGAAAGGGAGCACUCUUUCUUUUUUUUUUUGUAAUAAGAAAAAAUUGCAAAAAGAGUUGUACAUUCUAAGAAAAAAAUAAGGGACCUAAGAAAACUCAGCAGUGUUACUGUAUUUUAAAAAAAUAUUUUUAUAGAGGCAUUUUCAGGUUAUUAAAUGUAAGAGAAAGAGAUAACCCUUCUUUUAAGUAGUUAAAUCAUUGAUGAUUUAUAUCACCAACUUUUAGAAUUUUCUAGUAAGUUCAUGGCAUUAGAAAAUUUUAGAAUAAUUUUUAGUGAAAUUAGAACAUUUAUUAAUGAAUAUAAUAAAUAUUUUUCCAGAAUAAAAUAUGGACCCUAUUUGUUUACUAAUAGAUAAAGGGAGAUAUAAUGUUUUGUUGUGUUUAAAGCCAUAAAAUAUGGCUUUUGUUAAGGAACAUUCAAGCCUGAACUCUAAAGUAAGAGCUUUUUUUUUAUGUUUUGGUUUGGUUAUUUUCAUUGCUGGGAGGUGAACAACCUAGGACUCACACUAGGCCAGCGUUCUCCGGCUGAGCCACACCCCCUAGCCCUCCAUGGCAAUCUUUAAAUGACUGUUUCCUAUUAUUGUAAGUGUUACACCCCUCAGAAUUCAUGACAAGGUGCUAUUUAUACUAUAUAUCUUACUGUAAGACAACUGCCAGUCUUUAGUCCUAAAUCAGUCAGCCCAUUUUACCAUCUCACCCCACAGCUUUGCUGUGUGAAAGGCAUGUUUUAAAAAGUGAAGUUGAAAAAGGAUUUCUGAGAUCUUUUACUGAAGAUUUUGUUUCUCCUAAUGAAAUACAUUGUCUUGUUAACAAAAUCUAUCUGUAAUUCUGUUACAUCAAAGGACUGGUAGCCCUUGUGUCACCAAAGUAUCCAGGGUGUGAAAUGCCAUUUCUUUCUCUGAUGACGAUGCAUGAGGUGCAGUGCAGUGGCGGUGGCCCCACGGUGGCCCCACCUGGGCGAACGGCUGGGCGGGGCGGGGCGGGGCGGGGCAGGGCGGGUGGGCUGACAGGAGGGUCGCGCAUGAACCGUGUGUGCUCAUCCUGUAAGUAGAAAGUAACUUCUCAAAGUACAAUUUGUAUUUUUUAAAAAGACUGUUUUAAAAGGAAAUUGCAAUUCAUUGAAUUGGGAAAAAUGGGUGAUUGACAGAGACCGUUUCCCUAACACUACAUCAUUUCUUGUGCUAGUACUUUAACUUUUUAAAGAAUUUACUUCUAUAUUUUGUAAUAUGACAUAUGCGUGUUUAUUUCUAAUUUCGAAUGUUGUGCGUACAGAAGGUAUGCGAUCCAAUCAGCCAGAUCAAACCAUUUCACCUAGAGUUUGGUACUGGUUUUUAGUUUUCUGAUUCUGUAUAAGAAAAAUAAAUGCAAUUGAAUUUCCA